UGAUGAAAAGUGCUAGGCAAUUCAUUUAUAAUUCAACAUUUCAUAUCAAAAGAUCGUCAAGACACCGCGAGCAAGACUUAUGUUAUUUUGAAGCGAUUUUCAACUGUCCGAUGAGACAUGGGAGUAGAAGUGCAAGUCUGGGUCAUCAGAGUCAGAUACAAAAAGAUCUUUUCACAUCAAGCAAGCGGCCAGCAUGUUUACUAACCCCACAGGUAGUUUCUGAUCUUACAUAGCUUGGUGCGCAUGCAUUCUGAAUCCCCGGCCAUCAGGAGCUGGAUGCUGCAAAAGCAAACUCAAGAUUUCUUGAUGCUGUAACUUCCUGAGACAGUCGCAGCAGGAGAUAAGACUUGUCCAUCACACAAGCAUCAAAACUUGGCUUUACCGCAGGGCGUAACUAAGGCUGCUGCAGCUGCAGUGCUAGCUGUGAUCAAAUCAGCCAAUAUAUAGUUUCAACUUUUAAGUGGAACAGUACACCGCCAUGCGUUGCAAGGCCUUCCUGCUCAAGCUCUCUGCUUUCCUUAUAUGGUCUCUUACAUAAGUGCCCAAAAUACUAACCAAGAGGGCCUGUCACAGAUCAUAGAUCAACUGAUAAGUCCAGCAACAUGAGCAGCAGAUGCGUGUCCAUGCAUUCCAGAAAUCUCGACGGCGAGGUACCAUCGGAAGAUGACGCCCAUGUUCCUGAGACGAGCCAGCACGAACAGGAAGGAGGCGGCGGCGACGGCGACGUCAGCGAGAUGGUGCAUUUGAGCCACCCGGAGCACCGUCUUGCCCGGUUCGACUUCCCGUACCUCUUCAUGUGCAUGGGCUGCAAGGAGUACGGCGCCGGGAGGCGGUUCAUGUGCCAGAUCUGCGGCUUCCAGCUGCACGACUUCUGCGCCCUGGCUCCGCCCUCGCUCCACGACCACCCCUUCCACCCCAGGCAUCGCCACCUCCUCUUCUUCGACAAACCAGGUGGGUUACUGAGGUUCAAGUGCGACAUCUGCGGCAAGUCUGUGAAGGGCUUCUGUUUCCGGUGCGCGUGCUGCGGGUUCGGCAUGCACCCGUGCUGCGCGGCCAUGACGCGGCGCAUGGAGCUCCCGGCGGCGCACGGCCACCCGCUGCUGCUGGCUCAGGGCUCCGACGCCGGCAGCAUUAUCGCGGCGAGCUUCGUGUGCCAGGUGUGCAGGAGGCGGCGGUCGGGGCGCGUGUACCAGUGCAUGCCGUGCGGGUACUGCCUCCACGCCAAGUGCGCCAAGGACAUGGUGAACGGGCUCUACGUGCACGGCGUGGUGCCGCCGGAGAGGAGCAACCCGCUCGUGGCCGCGGCCAAGGUCACCAUAAACGCCAUCUUCGGGGUCAUCGGCGGCCUCGUCGAGGGCAUCGGAGAAGGGAUAGGGGAGGCCUUCGUGGAGAACAUUGGCAGAAGUCGAGGCAGAAGCUUCAGGUGAUCAUGCCAAAAAUAAGGUGUGUGUUUGUGUGCGUCGCUUGGUCAUCGUUGUAAAAGUAUACAGAUACAUUCAGCUUCAACUCUAAAGCGUAGGAAUAUUAGAAAGCUCAAGACUCAAGAGUAGCUCAAAGUUACCGUAUCUGUAAUCUCCAUGUUCCUCCUCCCUGUUUGUUUCUCCAGCUACCAA